GGAACGGUUGUCACAGGCCGCGGAUCGGGUUCUGUUGCUGGGAGGAGACCACUCAGACUCGCCCCUCGGCUAGCAUUAUUAGCCGGCUAUGAUGCGUCGCUUCGGCUGGCAUAUUUUCCACACCGCAGGCCGUUGUACCACGAGGCAGGUCCUUGGAUAAUUGUUUACCCCCAAAGGCAACGAAAGGGCGACUUGGAAAUAGCCCGCACCUUUCAAGGAUGGAUGUCGACUUGUGCGCAGGCGGCGACGCUAGCAGGAGAAAAGUAGAGCUAGCUGGAGGUUCAGAAGGCACAAUGGAUGUUGUACCGUUGGAGAUGUAUGAUUCCGCCAGAGCCAAAAUAGCUGCCAACCUGCGGUGGCUGUUUGCCAAAGCCUAUGGCAUUGACCACAUCCCAGAGGACUUACGGGACCCCUUCUACACUGACCAGUAUGACCAAGAACACAUAAAGCCGCCCGUCAUUCGCCUGCUGCUGUCCUGUGAGCUCUACUGCCGCGUGUGCGCCCUCAUCCUCAAGACGGAGCAGGCGGCGUCCCUCCAGUCCCACCUGUCCGUCAUCCAGGCUCUGUCCAGGAAGGGCAUUUACGUGGUGGAGAGUGACGACACGCCCGUCACUGAGGGGGACCUGGCCUGCAUGCCCAUCAAAAUGAGCGCUCACAUACCCAUGAUUGAUGCCCUGAUGAUGGCCUACACCGUGGAGAUGAUAAGCAUUGAGAAAGUGGUGGCUUCCGUCAAGCGCUUCUCUACCUUCAGUGCCUCUAAGGAGCUGCCCUUUGACCUCGAGGAUGCUAUGGUCUUCUGGAUUAACAAGGUGAACAUGAAAAUGAGGGAGAUCACAGAAAGGGAAAACAAGGUCAAGCACCACCCCCUGGAGUCCCCGAGCCACCAAAAGUCUCCCUCCAAAUGGUAUUGGAAGCUAGUCCCUGUACGGUAUCGCCGGGAGCACGCCUCAGGCCGCCAGCUGCCCUUCUUCCCUCUGCUGGAGGACCUGAUGAGGGAUGUUUGCGACGGAGCGGCCCUGCUCACCAUAGUCCAUUACUACUGCCCCGACAUCAUGAAGCUGGAGGAUAUUUGCCUGAAGGAAGUCCCCUCCAUAGCCGACAGCCUGUACAACAUCCAGCUGCUCAGAGAGUUUGCCGGCGAAUACCUGAACAGAAGCUGCUACCUGACCACGGAGGACAUGCUGUACUCGCCGCUGGUGCUCAAGCACAACGUGAUGGUGUUCAUCGCUGAACUUUUCUGGUGGUUCGAGACGGUCAAGCCGGAGUUUGUCCAGCCCAGAGAUCUCCAAGAGUUCAAAGAUGCUCGAGCCAUAGCUCAUCCCAAGAGUGCCCGCCCAUCAGUGCCCAUAUCCAACGCCACCAAGCGCAGCUUCCUGGCCAGUCCCGGCGCGGCCGAUAACCAGAGCAGCCCAGAAGUCUGUAACAGGUACUUCCUGCACCAUGAAGACUCUGAGCCCCUUAAGGGGGGUCCGACCUUCAGCCCCUCACACCCGCUCCUGCCCCUAAGACAGAGGCAACAAAAGCAGCAGGGAGAGGACGGUACAGGCCUGAGGAACCGUUCAAACUCGCUGACUCAGACGGACGGACAACAGUGCAGAGGCUCCGUCGUUGCGUGGCCCGACAAGAGGCAAAGGCCGCUCUCCACCCUGGGCCCCUUCAUGCUCCACUCGGCCACAGACAGCGACGCAGACCUGGCGUCCGGGGACAGCGUGAGUCUGGCGCGCUCCAUCAGCAAGGACAGCCUGGCGUCCAACGUCAUCAACGUCACCCCCAAACACCAGCCGCCGCACGCCGCCCUGCGCCGGCUCAACGGCCACAGCCUGCUCGGCAACGUCAACAUGGACGACGAGGAGGAGACCCUGGCGGCCGCGGCCCGGACCGACGGCGCCGCCGCCCCCAAGCGGGCGGACGGGGCGCAGGCCCCGGCCCCGGGCGGAGCCAAACCAGAUAGCUUUUACUUAGAACCGCUGAUGCCUGCCGUGCUCAAAACGGCCAAAGAGAAGUCCGUCUGCCUGAACAAGGAGGAGGAGAGCGGGGAGGCGAGCCGGCCCGCGGGGAGGGGCUCGCUACGCCGAGGGGACGGGUCCGCGGCGGCCGUCCGCAGGAAAGCCCCCUCUAGUCUGAAUCAGACGUUUACAGCUCCGGAGGAGGAGGACGAGCCCUCGGAGGAGGCCUCCCUCCGCCCCCCAGCCACCAGCAGCGCCGACCCCCCCCGCAGGGAGCCCGGGGAGGGUUUCUACCUUCACUCGGACUCCGAGGAGCCGCAGUGUGCCCAGGGCCCCGAGGCCGAGCUGGAGGAGGAAGAGGAAGAGGAUCUGGAUGAAGCCCUCACCACGAAAGACCCCACCUACCCCACCGGGAAGGCCUACGAGGAGGAGGAGGAGUCGGCCAAGCUCAGAGAGGACAUGAAUGUGAAAGAGCACGAGGACAAGGACCUGAACGGGGGCAGCGGGCGCUCCAGCCCCUGCCUCAGCACGCACUCGCAGGCCAGCAGCCUGGCCAGCGGCAGCGUGCGCAUGACCUCCUUCGCCGAGCGCAAAGCCCAGCAGCAGCGCUUCGGCAGCAACCACGACCUGCGCUCCAGCGCCUCCAGCUCCCAGAGGACCACCCCCGACGGCUCGGAGAGCAGCGGGCCGCUGGCCUCCUCCUGGAGGCUGAAGCGGGACCAGAGCCCCUCCUCGCCGCUGGGCGGCUGCCACCGCGCUGGGGACGGCGGCGGCGUGAACGUGCUGGCCUCCGAGAUCGUGCAGCUCCGCAUGCAGCUGGAGGAGAAGCGGCGGGCCAUCGAGCACCAGAAGAAGAAGAUGGAGGCGCUGUCGGCCCGGCAACGGCAGAAGCUGGGCAAGGCGGCCUUUUUGCACAUAGUAAAGAAAGGCGGCGGGAGGAGCGACACGCUGCCCAACCCGCUCAAAGCCGACAUCUCCAAAGACGAGCUCAACGGCCAGCGGGCGCCGUCCAGCAAAGACGACACCUGCGUCGAGGCCCUGAGAGGGGAGAAGCAGACGGAGGAUGCCCCCCCUCCCCCCGGUGCCUUAGAAGCAGACAAGAAGGGGAGCAACGGGAGCUUCUAUCUGGAGGAGGAGCUGGACCUGAACGAGUGCAGCCGCUCCAUCGAGCUCCUGAACGAGGCCAUCGGCAGCAUCCAGCAGCAGAUGAUGCAGCUGUCGCUGCAGCAGGAGCUGCUCAUGAAGCAGAACGUGCAGCCCCCGCCCGCCGCCGCACCGCCCCCCCACGCCGCCGAGAAGAGCGCCGACCCAAAGACGGGGGCCGCCUUUCACUUCGUGGAGCACCUCGCGUCCGCCGCCCCGACCCGGAGGCCCCCCAAGCUCAGCUCAGGCCGGAGCUCCCGCUCCAAGCCCUCCGAGCUGAAGCUGGCCAAAGAGCAGAGCCGGCAGGCCUCCCGGAGCGUCACCCCCACCCAGCCGGAGGCGCUGCCCAGCCCGAGGCAGCCGGCCGGGGGCAGGACCCCCAGGGCCGAGCAGCCCGACGGCCCCCGGAACCCCGCGGCCGGAGAGCCCGCAGACUGGCCGGGCUCCGGCCACGCCUGCAGCGCCGCCUACCGGCUGCACGACGAGGCCAACCUGCGCCUGCCCACGCGGGUGGACCCGACCGCGGUGGCCCCGCCCGAAGUGCCCUUCGACCAGUGCCUGCCCAGCAGCCCGGGAGAGGCGGAGCCCCGCCCCUCAGACGCCUCCGGGAGAGAGAGCGCCGCAUCGGAGGAGGUGCAGCGCAGCAAAGCCCACCUGAUAGAGGUGGACCUGUCGGACCUGAGGGCCCGCGAGGAGGAGGAGGAGCUAGCCGAGGACCAGGCAUCAGAGGGGGGCGACGGAGAGCAGAAGUCGGUCAUGGGCUUCUUCUUUAAGGACGAGCAGAAAGCGGAGGAUGAGCUCGCUAAGAAGAGGGCCGCCUUCCUGCUGAAGCAGCAGAAGAAAGCAGAGGAGGCCCGAGUCCGAAAGCAGCAGCUGGAGGCCGAGUCGGAGCUGAAACGAGACGAGGCCAGGCGGAAGGCCGAGGAGGAUCGCUUGCGCAAGGAAGAGGAGAAGACGCGGCGGGAGCUGAUCAAGCAGGAGUACCUGAGGAGGAAGCAGCAGGAGAUCUUCGAGGAGCAAGGCCUGGCCAAGCCCAAGACGCCCAAAACGCCCAAGCAGAAACACAGGCCCAAGACCGUCGUACGGGAGGAGUCCUCCAGCGAUCACUUCUCCAAAUGCCCGUCCACACCUGACAACCUGAGCAACGCCCAGUCGGGCUCCAGUCUGUCGCUGGCGUCCGCAGCCACGAACGAGGCCGACAGCGUCCACUCCGGGGGGGCCGGCUCCCAGCGCUGUGACUCCGUGGAGUCAUUUCCGGGCAGCCGUAACAACAGCCGGGCGGCAGAGAGAGACUGGGACAACGGCUCCACGGCCUCCUCCAUCACCUCCAUGGCCGAAUACACGGGUCCCAAGCUCUUCAAAGAGCCCAGCGCCAAGUCAAACAAGCCGAUCAUCCAUAACGCGAUUUCUCACUGCUGCCUGGCAGGCAAAGUCAACGAGCCCCAAAAGAACCAGAUCCUCGAGGAGCUGGAAAAGUGCGAGUCCAACCACCUGAUGAUCCUGUUUCGUGACGGCGGCUGCCAGUUCCGGGCGCUCUACUCCUACUUCCCGGACACCGAGGAGAUCAUGAAGCUGACGGGCACCGGCCCCCGGAGCAUCAGCAAGAAGAUGAUCGACAAGCUGUACAAGUACAGCUCGGACCGCAAGCAGUUCACCGUCAUCCCCGCCAAGACCGUGUCGGUCAGCGUGGACGCCCUGACCAUCCACAACCACCUGUGGCAGGCCAAGAGGGGCGCCGCGCCCAAGAAGAGCGGCAAAUAGCUCCCGGGGCCCCCGCGGCCCCCGCGGCCCCCCCCCCCACAGUCAUCGUAUCUCCAUCUGCUUGUUUCCUGAAGGGACCGCCUUUAACAACUCACCUCGUCCAGGAGAGUCCACAUCAGGCCACAUGUGGGCGUCUGUAGGUGGGCCAAGUCAAGGGAAGGGACGCGUACGCCUGUGUGAGUGUGUGUGUGUCUGUG